AGCCUGGCCCGGGCCUCGAGCGGCGCACGGCGCAGGUCCCUCCCGCCAUGGCCCUGGGAGGCGGCAGCACAUGGCGGCCGCAGCGGCCAUGAGCGCGCCCGCGGCCCGCCCCGGCCCCCCCUAGAGCCCGCCGCCGCCCCGGCCGCGCCACGGCCCCGCCGCCCCCGGCCCCGCCGCCCCCGGCCCCGCCGCCCCGCCGCCCCGCGCCCGCCGCCGCCGCCGCCGCCAUGGGCGUGCAGGGCUUCCAGGACUACAUCGAGAAGCACUGCCCGAGCGCCGUGGUGCCGGUGGAGCUGCAGAAGCUGGCCCGGGGCAGCCUGGUGGGCGGCGGGCGGCAGCGGCCCCCGCACACGCCGCUGCGCCUGCUGGUGGACGCCGACAACUGCCUGCACCGCCUCUACGGCGGCUUCUACACCGACUGGGUGAGCGGCGGCCAGUGGAACCACAUGCUCGGCUACCUGGCCGCGCUGGCCAAGGCCUGCUUCGGCGGCAACAUCGAGCUCUUCGUGUUCUUCAACGGCGCGCUCGAGAAGGCGCGGCUGCACGAGUGGGUCAAGCGGCAGGGCAACGAGCGCCAGACGGCGCAGCAGAUCGUCAGCCAUGUCCAGAACAAGGGCACCCCGCCGCCCAAGGUCUGGUUCCUGCCGCCCGUCUGCAUGGCGCACUGCAUCCGCCUGGCGCUCAUCCGCUUCCACGUCAAGGUGGCCCAGAGCAUCGAGGACCACCAUCAGGAAGUGAUCGGUUUCUGCAGAGAAAACGGCUUCCACGGCUUGGUCGCCUACGACUCCGACUACGCGCUGUGCAACAUCCCUUACUACUUCAGUGCCCACGCCCUCAAACUGAGCCGGAACGGGAAAAGUCUCACCACGAGCCAGUAUCUGAUGCACGAGGUCGCCAAGCAGCUGGACCUGAACCCAAACCGCUUCCCUAUCUUUGCUGCUCUGUUAGGGAAUCACAUCCUGCCCGACGAAGACCUGGCCUCCUUCCACUGGAGCUUACUGGGCCCAGAGCAUCCACUAGCCUCGCUGAAGGUCCGGGCCCACCAGCUAGUCCUGCCGCCGUGUGAUGUGGUGAUCAAGGCUGUGGCCGACUACGUCCGCAACAUCCAGGACCCCUCGGACUUGGAUGCCGUAGCUAAAGAUGUGUUCCAGCAUUCUCAGUCUAGAACAGAUGACAAAGUUAUUCGAUUUAAGAGAGCAAUUGGAUAUUACUCAGCGACUAGUAAGCCUAUGGCAUUUCACCCAGCACAUUACUUAGCCAGACCAAAUCCGUUUGGAAUGCCUGGGAUCAUGCCGCCGUACGUCCCCCCCCAGAUGCUCAACAUUCCGCAGACCCCUCUGCAAGCAAAGCCUGUGGCCCCACAGGUGCCCAGCCCAGGUGCUGCGGGCCAAGGUCCACACCCGUACAGCCUCGCUGAGCCGGCCCUCACUGUGGAAACGAGUGGAAAGAGUCUGACUGAGCACAGCACCUACAGCAACAUUCCUCACGAAGGAAAGCAUACCCCGCUGUACGAACGGUCAUCCCCGAUCCACCCGGCUCCAGGCGGCAGCCCCAACCAUGUGGACUCAGCGUACUUUCCAGGGUCUUCUACGCCGUCGUCUUCCGACAACGAUGAAGGUGGUGGAGCAGCUGCAAACCACAUCAGUGGGAACAAGAUUGGCUGGGACAAGACGGGGAGCCACGGGGAGCCGCAAGCUCGGGGAGACCCAGGAGACCAAACAAAGACGGAAGGCUCAUCCACUGCCUCCUCGGGCAGCCAGCUUGCUGAAGGAAAGGGGAGCCAGAUGGGCACUGUGCAGCCGAUCCCGUGCCUCCUGUCCAUGCCCACCCGCAACCACAUGGACAUCACCACACCGCCCUUGCCCCCGGUGGCGCCCGAGGUACUGAGAGUGGCGGAGCAUCGGCACAAGAAGGGGCUGAUGUACCCCUACAUCUUCCACGUCCUGACAAAGGGUGAAAUCAAAAUUGCUGUUUCUAUUGAAGAUGAAGCCAGCAAAGACCUGCCUCCCGCCGCCCUGCUCUAUAGGCCAGUUCGCCAGUAUGUUUACGGAGUGCUGUUUAGCUUGGCAGAAAGCAGAAAGAAAACUGAGAGACUUGCUUUUAGAAAGAACAGACUUCCACCAGAAUUUCCGCCUGUGAUCAUUAAAGAGUGGGCAGCUUACAAGGGGAAAUCGCCGCAGACGCCAGAGCUGGUGGAAGCGCUUGCCUUCAGGGAGUGGACCUGCCCCAACUUGAAGCGGCUGUGGCUGGGGAAGGCGGUGGAAGACAAGAACCGCAGGAUGAGGGCCUUCCUGGCCUGUAUGAGGUCAGACACGCCCGCCAUGCUCAACCCGGCCAGCGUGCCCACCCACCUCACGGUGCUGUGCUGCGUCCUACGGUAUAUGGUGCAGUGGCCUGGAGCACGGAUCCUGCGUCGCCAGGAGCUGGACGCCUUCCUGGCUCAGGCGCUGUCCCCCAAACUCUAUGAGCCUGACCAGCUGCAGGAGCUCAAGAUUGAGAACCUCGACCCCCGAGGCAUUCAGCUGUCAGCUCUCUUCAUGAGUGGCGUGGACAUGGCCCUGUUUGCGAACGACGCGUGUGGCCAGCCGGUGCCCUGGGAGCACUGCUGCCCUUGGAUGUAUUUUGAUGGGAAGCUCUUCCAGUCCAAGCUCCUCAAAGCAAGCCGGGAAAAGACCCCACUCAUCGACCUCUGUGAUGGUCAGGCUGAGCAAGCUGCCAAGGUGGAAAAGAUGCGGCAGAGCAUCCUGGAAGGGCUGAACCUCUCCCGGCAGAGCCACCCACUUCCCUUCCCGCCGCCCGCGGCGCUGCCUUUCUACCCUGCCUCCGUGUACCCCCGGCACUUCGGGCCCGUCCCCCCGGCUCAGGGCCGGGGGCGGGGCUUUGCAGGAGUCUGUGGCUUUGGAGGCCCCUAUGGGGAGACUGUAGCGACAGGCGCUUACCGUGCCUUCCGAGUGGCAACGGCAGCGGGGCACUGCGGGGCCUUCUCCGGCGGUGACAGCAGCAGGACUAGCAAGUCGCAGGGUGGAAUCCAGCCAAUACCUUCUCAGGGAGGGAAGCUAGAGAUAGCUGGCACUGUGGUUGGCCACUGGGCUGGGAGCAGACGGGGCCGUGGGGGCCGUGGGCCUUUCCCCCUACAGGUAGUUUCUGUUGGAGGACCAGCAAGAGGGCGUCCAAGGGGAGUUAUUUCCACCCCGGUGAUCAGAACGUUUGGAAGAGGUGGACGGUAUUAUGGCAGAGGCUAUAAAAACCAGGGUGUGAUUCAGAAACGCCCCUCUGAGCGGAAGGCACUCCGCCUCUGAAUCCGGUUGACGAGAGGGAGGGGAAGCGCCCUCACUGUGUUCCAACCCAGAGCCUGUCCUGGGCAGAAGGCCACGUGCUGCUGCCGGCCCUGCUGGGCCUUUGGUAUAAAACACAGACCCCGAGCCACACAGGACAGCUGUGUGCCGUAGCUGCUGCUUCGUCUCCGCGGGGUGCUCAUGUUCUUCAGAGUCCCUGGAUCCGCUGGCUUCCCUCCCUCCCUGCUUGUUGCCUUCACUCUGUUGGGGGACGGACGACGCGGUGUGUCCCCCACAGACUUCCUGCGUCUGGCCGGGUGUGUGCUGAGGGGGAGGCCCCCGUGACCCGGCCUCCUCUUUCUUGCAUCCUGGGAGUGGGUCUGUCCCGGUGCCAGGGCUGAGGUGGACCUGUGUGCUUCCGUCGGGCUCCGUGUCUGCGUGUCAGGACCAUUGUACUGAUGUGCCACUGACCGGAUCCAUGCAGUCACUGGAAACUGCAAAAGGAAGACAUUCUCGUUCCAUCGUUUCUUUUUUUGUUAUUACUGGGCUGUUUUUAUAAAGAGAAGCUUCUUCUCCUCGCCUCCUGUUUGGUACCUGAGUAUGACAGCCCUUGCAGGACAGACACCUUGCCCACCCUGGCCGUGGGCCCUCGUGUGGCGUCUGGUCUGCGGCAGCUUCCUUUGCGGGUAUCGCCUGGCCCAGCAGAACCUCCACAUUUCUCUUAGUUCCUUGGGCUCUUUAGUGGGAAAUGGCAUUUCAAGACCACGGUCUGGGUGCCCGUGGACCCCGAUGCCGUGGGGUCGGUCACUGUUCCUCAUGUUCUGUGUGCACACGCCUGGACACACAGUCCUGUUUCUUUGUGCAGAAACACACACAUGACAUGCGUGCUUUUUAUUGCGUUUUUUUAAGAUACAAUCCUCAUGAAUUCACACUGAUGUUUGUAAUUUAAACCAAGGGCUUUUACUGUCACAGGACUUCUGUUGAAUCUCUUCCUUUCCUCACACCGAAUCACUGUUUCUGGGCUUUUCCUGUGACCAGGGCUAGAGGAAGUACGUGAACUCGAAUGUACCGUGUGCACACAGACACACGCGUGUGUAUGCCGCUGCUUUUCUUUGGUGAAAUACCUCAGUUUAUAUGGACUCUUCUAAUUCAAGUUUAAGACUUUGGAAAUUUGACCUAAACUGUACUGUUGGUAUCUAUGUGUCUCUUCUUCCACCACGAGAACCGGGCGUGAUUGAGUUAGAGUGCCCCCGGCCUUGUCAUUGGCUUUGUCCCAGCUGCACGCACAGUGGCUCCGUCCGCCGGCGCCCGCGUUUCUGAUGGUAGCUGUGCGGUUACCGAUUGUGUUGUCCCGGCACACGGCCUUGACCUGCUGCCGCACCGCGGCCUAUCUGCCCGGCUUCUGUGGAAGCGUGUCCUCUGUCCACCCGCACUAUCCCUCGAGGCUCUCCUCAGCACACUUCACAGGGAGGGCCCAGUGGAAACGAGGGCACGUUUGAGAGCGUUUUGCUUUCCUAACAAUCAGAAGCGGUGGUUCUUACCUCCCCUUCAGGUGUCUCAUGCACGUUCUGUCAUUUUCUUCUGUCAUAAAGCUUUACGUCAAAGACGAAUAAUAAAAGAAUUGUCUUUCCCUUGGAAGUCGUUGGGGUUUUGGCCCAAAUGCCCAAAUGGUUUUUGUUUCUCUGCUGAGGUUUAGUGAUGCAUCCCGCUGCUGGUUGUUCUGGGUUGGUGCUCUCAGCCACAACGUGCUCUUUCUAAACGCAGUUUCAGAUCUUGUCUUACAUCAGAAAGUUUUCUUGGACUACUGGUUUUUCAUUUCUCUCGUUUUUCCUUCCUGGCUUUCAUCUCUGGCACUCCUGUGGAGCUCGUCCUGUGUCUCCUGUCGGUGUUUGGCAUGUUCUCCGCUCCCUGGCGGUCUUCUUUUGAGACAGAACUCACCUGCUUCAUUCAGGUGGACAGUGCAGUCUGUUCUUACUGGCAUGCAGCAACCCUGCUAAUUCCCGAACAUUCACCACCCCAAGAAGAAAGCCCUUACUCGGGAGCAGCCACGCCCCAGCCCCUGGCAGCCACGGGCCUGCUUUCCGUGGCCGUGCUCUGUGUGCAUGUCCCGGAAGUGCACGUUGCAGCACUAGCACGUCGCUCCGUUUGUUGCUGCGGACGCUCCACCGGGAGACGGGGCACAUCUUGUGUACCCAUUUAUCAGCUGAUGGACAUUUAGGCUGUUUUCACUGUUCCGGCUGUUACGGGUGGUGCUGCUGUGGGCAUCUUUGUAUAGGUUCGGGUUUUCCCCAGCUUUACUGAGAUGUCAGCAGCAUAGGUAGCAUGGCAUCAGUCCCAGGUGUACAUAUUGCAGAGUGAUCGCCACAGUAAGUCUGGUUGACCUGCAUCACCUCAAAGAGUUACAAAAACGUAUUUUCUUGUGAUGAGAACUUUUGGUAUCUCUCUAGCAGCUUUCAGAUACGCACUACUGUUCACUACAGCCUUUGCCGUCAGGUGUUUGCAUGGACAGACGUCCCAUUCCUCUGGGGGUGAUUCCUGGGACCUGUGGGCGUUCUGCAUUCAUGCACUUGAGGAACGGCCAGACUCUCUGCGGCGGCUGCACAGUUUUCCCUUCCCGCUAGCCAUGCACGAGGGUCUGCGUUUCUCCGUGCCCUCGCCAGCGCCACUUACUGUCCAUACUUGAGUUUAGCUGUCUGGCUGGGUAUCUCAUUGUGGUUUGACUUGCAUUUCCGAUUUUAAGCUUUUCUUCCUUUUUGCCAUCUUCAUGUAUUACGAUGUUCACUUGCUGUUGUGUUUCCCUAGUUGGGUCUUCGUUUCCGGCGCCGUCUUUGUUUCUGUUUUGGACCUCCCUUCCGUCUCCCACCCCCCCUCCGGGCUUUCUUGGUCUGCUCCGUGCUGCUCCUCUGGGUCGGGUGCUGGAGCCGAGGCACGGCGGCCCGCAGGGGUGCGGUUCCUUCCCUGGUGUUCUUAUGCUGUGUUCUGACGGCUCCACCUCGGUGCCUCCUGUUGCUCAUUUUUAGGUGGCAUCAGUGUUCUUGCCCCUUGAGAAGCACAGAUAGUGAAGGGCAGCUGGCCUGCGAGCGUCUGUGGCCUGUCUGUCUUGUUGGUGUUGCAGCCUCCCAGGAGGGUCGAGUGUCAGUGGGCGGAGGAAGCAGUGCCACCCUGUGCUCGGGGUGCCCUUCGGGGGGGCAUGUAGUGGCCAAGGCUUAUGGGAAGACUUGGCUGUAGAAAGAGGGCACGUCUGUUUCUGAACAGGUGCAGUCAGCAUUCCUGCUCCCUCCGCUGGCAUCGUCUGUACCUGCCCCCAUGGUUUCCAGACAGUGACUGUGGGGAGCCCCCAGUCAGCCGGCCCCUGCCGCCAGCCCUGGCGACCCUGCUGCACGUGUCUCUCUAGUGGAAGUGGGCUUUUCCCUCAGAGAGUGAGGGCUCGGAGGUUGGAAAGCUUUGAUGUUACCUUUUUCCCCUCUUUGCCCUCUUAUACUUUUGUAUUAAUUAUUUUUCUUAAGGUUCCAACAAAAUGACAGUAGUAUUGACUUGUGGAAAAGCUCACAUUCGUAUUUCUGAACUCUGAUUGAACACUAAAGUGAGAAGACCCGUGGGAAUGGAGCCCAGAGGGGAACCAACCUAGGAACCACCAGCAUGCAAGAUGGCGUGCCGGAGGCGAGGGCGACGGGCACCUCCAGCCCCACUUGGCUGAGCAGGGAGGGCCUGGUUUUCAGAGUAGGGAAGACUGGAGACCAGACACGCUGCCGCCUGGGGUUGAAAGGGAAGGAAUGCAGAGCUGGGAGAUGUGUAGGCGGCUUUCGGGUUCUGGGUCUCAGUUUCUUCACUGAAAGAUGACCAUUUGAAGGCAAAGACGAUUAAGGUUUUCUUCGGCAAUGUGUCUGCCUCUGACAGUGGUUCUCAGCCCUGGUGAUGUCGCUCCCCUGAGGGCCAUUGGCUUAUUUGGGGGACACUGUUGAUCACCACAGCUCAACCUGCAGGCGCUUCUGGCUUCUAAUGGGCAGAGGCCAGUGAUGCCCACCACUCUGUAGCACACAAGACAGCCCAUGGCAGAAUGAUAGGUCCAAGAUGUCACGGUGCCAGGCUGAGAAACCCAUGGUAUAAGAUGUAAGCACCUGGAAGAUCUCGGGCCGUCUUCCUUGUCUUUCAGGACAUGAGCUGAAUCACUCUAAAAGUUCAUAUUUUUCCAGAAUUACUUUUAAAUCUGUUAAGAGGAGCAGAGAGACCCGUUCAGAAGAGAUAAGUCACAAACAUAUGUGGCGAUUAUCAGCUUAGACUUACUUAUUUCUUGUUGGGUUGUUCAGAGAGGACUUAGGUCUGCCUCCAUUUCCCAGUAGAAAUGGGCCCCCCACAGACCGUGACAGGCAGACGUGUUAGUUGGUGAACAUUUGGGGGAGUCGUAGUCUGAAAUUUCAGAGAGGAUUUAUUGAGGGGCGGUGUUAAGGAAGAACUGGUACUACCCAGAAGGAUUAGGUAGAGCUCAAGUGGGGCUCUCCUGCAUGGCCAGGAUAUUAGCUACAGAGAAGUGGAGGGAAGGGGUCCCAGGAUGAACCUGCUGAGACAAGCUCCUGCCAGUGGCAGCUCAGUCAGAAAUAAGACAGAGUGUAUUAGAGUGUAGACUAUGGAGGCACAGACUAGAGAGAGUAUGGAGUGUAGACUGUAGAGAAUGUGCGUACACGAGAGUGAGGUACAGACCAGAGUAGGUAGGUGUAUGUACUCUGCAGGUGCUAGAGAACAGAGGCUCAGGUAUAGCGUGCAUAGAGCAUACAGACUAUAAAUCCAUACAGGGUGCGGACUGUGUAGACAGACUGUGGAGAACGUAGACUGCAGUGUAUGGAGAGAAGGGUAGAGAGAGUGCGCAGGUGCACAGGGAGUGUAGAGAGUACGGGCUGUGCAGCCCACAGAGUACGUAAGGGCCGCGAGUACACCCCGUGAAGAGCACACCCAUGCCGUGCCUUCCGCUGUUGAAUCUGAAGCAGGCGGUGUCAGGCCUUGGUAGGCAUUCCUUCUCUCCCACUGUUUAUCAAAGCUGCUUUAUUGCUUGUUGUCCUUGAUUUU